UCUCUUUCACCCCCAUCUUCCUUCUUUUUAUCUUUUGUCCUCCCCAAUUCUCUCUUCCUGUCACAGUUGGAGUGGUUUGAUCUCCAUCUCUUGCUACUUCUGUCUUUCCUUUCUUUUUUUCUAUCUCUCCAUCUUUCCCAUCUCCUUCCCUCCUUUCCUGUCUUGUCCUCCUUCCCUCUCUCAUCCUCUCACAGUGUGAGUAGCUUGAUUUCUAUUUCUCCCUCUCCCGUCUCCCUCUUUCUGUCUUGCUUUCUUUUUUCUCUCUCGUUCCCCUCUUUAUCUCUCCCACUGCCCUGUGCGGAUGCAUGAUAACUGUACACAUGGGGCAAGUGAAAGAGAGAGAAAUCAACCCAUUCCAACUGUGAGAGGGAGGGUGGAGGAGAGAGGAAAGGAGGAAGGGAGAAGAGAGAGAGAGAGAGAGAGAGAGAGAGAGAGAGAACAAAUGAAAGGCAAUCUUGCAUUUUCUCGUGUGAGCGUACACACUUCAGUAAGAAGUCGUGUGCCUCCUCUCCUCCUUCCUGUCUUCCUCUUCUCCUGUGUCAGUUCCAUCUCUCUGUUCACUUAUUAACUCUUCAUCCCUCGUUCCCCCCCUCCCUUCUCUCUCUCCCUGCUUCUGUUCCCCUUUUACUCCUUAAAAUCUUCCUAGAAGAGCAGCUUCACCCGCCCUUUAAUCCACGCGUGGAGAGAUGCACACACACACACACACAUACAUGCACACUCACACACACACACACACACAUGCACACUCACACACACACACACGCACUCACACACACACAUGCAUGCACGCUGACUCGUCCACUCUGAGCGGCAGAAUGAGCUAAAGGGACUUUACUAUGGGCAACUGUGUCAAAUCUCCGCUAAACCGUUUCUCCAAGAAGGACCGUAAGCAGAGCUACAAAGCGGUGCAGUCGUGCGAUGAAGGCGUAGCGUCAGGUGAUGCCCUCGUAGCGCUGGCGCACAACUCCACCUACAUGCACAACGUCCUGGGACCCGCCUGCAUCUUCCUCCGCAAGGGCUUCGCUGAGAGCCGGCAGGCUGACAGAGAGCUGAGGCCAGAGGAGUUGGAUGAGCUUCGGGAGGCAUUUAAAGAGUUUGAUAAGGAUAAAGAUGGCUUCAUUGGCUGUAAGGACCUGGGAAACUGCAUGAGGACGAUGGGCUACAUGCCCACAGAGAUGGAGCUGAUCGAGCUCAGCCAGCAGAUCAACAUGAACCUGGGGGGUCAUGUGGACUUUGAAGACUUUGUGGAGCUGAUGGGACCCAAACUGUUAGCAGAGACAGCUGAUAUGAUCGGAGUGAAGGAGCUGAGAGACGCCUUUAAAGAGUUUGACACUAAUGGAGACGGUCAGAUCAGCACCGCGGAGCUCAGAGAGGCCAUGAAGAAACUUCUGGGCCAACAGGUGGGACACAGAGAUCUGGAGGACAUCCUGCAGGACAUCGACCUGAACGGAGACGGUCAUGUAGACUUUGAAGAGUUUGUGCGGAUGAUGUCUCGCUGAAACCAAACUGAAGUGACCACAGAUUAGAGCCGGAGUAUCCUGUCCAGUGUUGAGAGGAUGGACGUGAAGGAGUGAAUAAAAUUCUAGAAAUGACCGUGUCCUUACCAGAUGGACUUCUGGAACACAACCUCUGACCUCAAUGACCCAAAGUGAGGGCCAAACACACCACUGCCCUCCAAACACAUUCCACAUGGCCUUCGGGCCAGACUGGGUCAGCUGAAGCUGGGGACUGUUUUCACUGUCCAGCAGUGUUCAGCUCAAAGAACAGCACUGGCCGUCUCCUUUUUUUGCUGUGAAACUGUGACCAAUUCUUUUGCAGGAAAACUUGAAAUUUUCCAGCACUUUCUUCUCUGCACUAUAAGCAACAUAUCCAGUGGACAAAGGACGCCACAAACUACUGCAAUAUUACUAUUAUUAUUAUUAUAAUUAUUAUUAUUUUGGUUUCAGAUGUCAAGCUAUUUAUUUCUGAGUGAGAGUGAAAACAGAGUGAGUGUCUUAUAUAACUGCAUAUAAAUUAUAUGCAUAUAUAUAUAUAUAUAUACACAUAUAUAUUUAUUGUCACUGUCAGACCAAAACUCUUUUUAUUGCCUUUUCUUUAACUAUUUAAAAACACCAGCUGCUCUUUAUACUGUGUGAAUGCUUCAUGAGCAACAGCAAUGAUCCAAAUUUACUUGGAAUAAAAUCUUGUUACAUUAACAUAUAUUAAAAGACAAGAGGGCUUUUUUGCCAUUUACAGAAAAAUUUACAUUUAAGUAAUAUAAGAUAUAAGGUUUUGAUCAGACAGUGACUAUAUAUAUAUAUUAUUUAUAUGAUACUAUAUUUGUGUUAAAAAAUACAGUAGUAGCUGUCAGGCUGCGUUCACACUGCAGAAAAAAAGUGGUUCAAAUCUCAUUUUUUCUACACACAAAUCAAAUUUGUUUUUAAUGUCAGUAUAAACAGCAAAACCUGACAUUUUCAAUUCUGAUUUGAAGUUGGAAAAACUAUUAAUCUUCUGUGGUCUGAGGUCACUCUCUCCAUUUGUGCAUAUCUUCUUUCAUGUAUCUCAGCCGCUCUUCAUAGCCUCAUAACUCCAGAUUUACGCCAGAGGGUUAAUGUUUAUUGUUAUUUUAUGUACAAUAAUGGCUUAAGCAGUGUAGAUUUAUAAAUGAUAAACUCACCAAAAAGUGUCUCCAUGGGUUUUGGGCUUCUGUGAUCAAGAAGUACUAAUUGGUGCUUAAUAUUCUGUAAUUAUCUUUUCAUGUUAAUUUUUUUUGUAAAAUAUCUAUAGAUGAGAUUAAGAUGUGAUUUCCACUUUUAAAAUAUGAUGAACUGUGGAUAUUUAUUUAGAUGUUCUACAGCUCUGUUCAUCACUCUGAACAUAUCUAACAUUUUUAGUUUUAUUUACAGCUUUUUUAUUUUCAUUUGGGCCGCAGAUCAGAUUACUCAAAAUAAAAGUUUAAAAAUCAGAAAAUGU